AGGGGUGGAGGAGGGGUGGAGGGGGAAGGUGACGUCUGCUAGCAUGGGUGUCAGUCGAUAAUCACAGAAAGCUUUAACAUGAUUGAAUACGAAUUCUCUGAUUUACAUAUCCUGUCAUGCCCAUUCGAAAGUAACAUAAUUUUAUUGAUGGGUUAUUGAUAGCAAUUACAUUUUCUCCUCAGCGUUUACACUUAAUUCGCGCUUAACACACCCCAAGAUGACUGUGGAUGAGAAGCUGUUUUUCAGAAAAACAGUUCAACACUUGGCCCGUUGUUUAGCAGCAGUAAACAAAGCACCAUGGCAAAAGGUCAACAUUUUGUAUCAAUUGUGCCCCCAAGAAGACGAGCGAGGUGUCUUCCGAAUGGAUCAGAGGGCUCAAGAAGCUGUUAUAGCUCUGGGCAUCUAUCUCCUCGAAUCAAAGCUCUAUCAUCAGGAACGGAUUUUACCAUACCUUCUCCGCCUCCUUGGUGGUUUGCCAAAAGCUGAAUGGCCUGAUGAAGUUCGCACCUGCCACAAUGAGAGAGUCCCAGUGUCUGAACGAUUUAGUUUUUGCUUGAACACACUCCUAACUGAUGUGGCUACAAAAUGUGAGAGUUCCCGCGGUAAAAUAAUUGCUGCCCAGGUUCAACUUCUUCAUGCACUGGUAAACCAGUGCAUCACAUGGAAAGGAAAGAGUGAUUCAUCAGUCAGCAGCUCCAAAUUUAUUCUCUGUCAGUCAACAGUACCCGCACUUAUUGGUCUUGCAAGGUCAAUGGGAAGGUUUUGCACAAAUGAUCCACCUCUCUUAUGUCGCCUCUUCCCUCGUCCCACUCCACCUACAAACACUAGCAAUAUGUCUAAUUCAGAGAGUUGUAAAGCAGAUAAGAAAAGGAGUUUCUCUAACUUCAGGUCCAUUAUUCCUCGGUCACUUUCUGGAAGUUUCAACCCACAUGCUGUUGAUGCGCUCAACAUGGAUUCUUCAGAAAUCAGCUCAACUGCAGGUGUGAAACGAGCAUCCGUGCAAAGUCAGCAAUCUGUUCCUUAUGAUCCAACUACCUUCUUCUUUUGCAAAUUUGGUUCAAGCUUUAACCAAUUUCCCAACAUGAGGUUCUCAGAAUCACCAGAGAAGAGAGCCCAGCUUCAGUUUUCACUUGAUCAUUUGAAAACAAUAUUGCAGCUUGCUAAAAAGUUGUUGACAAAGGAAAUGUUGUCAUAUCUUGAUUCUGAAGCUGCAGGGAUGUAUGAAUGUGGCUUGCUUCAUAUAUUUCCCUACAGAUCUUUUAGCGAAACUCUAAAUUUGGUCAUGGUCACAUUACUUCGCGAACUUCUACAGCACCAGAAAGAUUUACCAUCCCCAUUUACAAGAGAUGUUCAAGAGUUUGUGAAAGGUUUGUUCUUGUCUGGUCAGACAGAACUGCAGGGUCGCAAUCAUGAUGCUAGUGAGAGAGAGGAUCGCGAAACCAAUUUUUCAACUGUUAACAAAUUUAAAGUGAAUGUAAUGGCGAAUUCAGCUUGUGUUGAUCUGUUAGUCUGGGCAAUUGGUGAUGAAACUGGAGCAGAUAGUUUGUGUGGUCGCCUAACAGAGAAAAUAAAUUCUAAUCAUGGGCAUAAAUUGGUUUUAGCUCAUAUGCCUUUACUUAUGGUUUGUUUGGAGGGACUUGGUAAAUUAGCCCAGAAAUUUCCUAAUAUUGCCAGUACAUCAAUUAUGGCAUUGCGUGACUUUUUGGUGAAGCCAUCUCCUAUUAUUACAAAGCUGUAUCAACAAUCAGCUGGAAAUACUGUGGCCCGUAAAAAUCAACCUUACAAAGUUAUGAUUCAAGGAAAAGAAUUGGAUGGUAUUGGUGAUGCACGUACUGUGAGCUCUACUCAAGCAGCAUUUGAAAAACUAAGAGAUGCAGCUAUAGAAAAUCUAUGUAUUGCACUUGAAGCAUCUCAUGUGAAUGAUGCAGACACUGUUCGUGCCUUGGUUGCUUCUCUGUCAAACAGACUUUUUACAGCUGAGAAUUCUGAGAGCGAGUCCUCUUUGAUCUCAACAAAUAUUGUCAUAAUGCUGGGACAUGUUGCGGUAGCUCUAAAAGACACUCCAAAAACAACCGAUACAAUUCUCCAGUUUUUUCAAGAGAGGUUCUGCCGUGUACCAUCUCCCUUAGAUAUUCUUAUUGUUGAUCAGCUUGGCUGUAUGAGCAUAUCCAAACCUCAAGUUUAUGAAAAGAUAUUGCCAAUGUUUAAAGAGAUCACCGUUGAAGCCAGCUCAGCAGCUUAUAUGGAUGGCAAAAACAACCAGUACAGGCAUGUAUCUGGUGCUGUCGUAAAUGCAUUAGCAAAUAUUGCAGCUAAUCUUCAAGGAGAGGCCAACAUGAAUGAGCUCCUUGUAAAGCUUUUGGAACUGUUUGUACAGCUGGGACUGGAAGGCAAACGUGCCAGUGAGAAAGCUCCUGCUGCUCUUAAGGCAUCAGCCAGUGCGGGAAAUCUUGGUGUGCUGAUUCCUGUCAUUGCUGUGUUAGUUCGUCGCCUCCCUCCCAUUCGCCAGCCAAAAGCACGCCUUCACAAACUUUUCAGAGAUUUUUGGCUGUACUGUGUUGUAAUGGGCUUUACUGCAGUGGACUCAGGACUCUGGCCUCCCGAGUGGUACGACGGGGUGAAAGAGAUUGCAGUGAAAUCUCCAUACUUGGUGUCUCAGUCCUCGAGCAGAUCAGACAUGCGGGAGCUGCAAUACACCUCAGCAGUACGAAAUGAUAGUGUUUCUCCCACUGAGCUCCAGGAAUUAAAGUCAAACAUUUUGUCUUUGUUAGAGCACCCCACUGAAGUUACUGCUUAUGUGAAUAAGCUGACUUUUGCACAGAGCACAUACUUACUGUCAGUAUAUUGGCUGGAAACAAUGCGAGUGCAGACAUCAAAUGAACCAAGCCUUCAGCCUAUCUAUGAAUAUUUGAGUGAUGCUGGUCUUCAGAAAGAUAAAUCAGGAAUCUGGCAAUGUAUUUGCAGUGUUGGUGACAGAGUAUUCUCCUCUUUUCUAGAAGUUAUGUCAAAUAAGCCAAAAGAUGAGAACCGUGAAAGAGAACUUGAAAAUCAUGCACAGUUUCUUCUCAUUAAUUUUAAUCAUGUUCAUAAACAAAUUCGACGUGUUGCUGAUAAACAUUUGUCUGGUUUGGUAGACAAGUUUCCUCAUUUGCUUUGGAACUGCAGAGUUCUCUGGAGUAUGUUGGAUAUUCUGCAAGUGCUGAGUUACUCUCUGGAGCUUGAUCCUAACGAAGAGACUCCCACUCUGUCAGUACCUGGAACACCCUACUCUCUUCCCCUUAUGGAGACCCUAGAAGCCCGUGAACAGAUUGUAAAAGACUUUGCUGAAAGAUGUCAAGGAAUAGCAGAAGUUGCUAUGAAGUGGGCUCCACAACAGACGCGAAGUCACCUGCAGGAUUACCUUAAUCAAGUUCCCUCAUCAGGAAUGUGGCAUCAUUCAGGAUUAGCUCUUGCUGCCGAGAGUGUUCUAAAAUAUACAGGGCUCAACAUUCAGUCAGCUCCUCUUGGUUCAGGUACCUUGAACAAACGUCCGCGGUGUGUAACAGCUGAUUCGGCUCGAGUUAUGUCUUCAUUAUCACUACGCAGUAGAUAUGCAGGCGAGGUAGCUGGCCUUAUGACUGCUGGUCCUCAUGUUGAUCGCAAUGCUUUAAUUGAAGAUCUCAUAGAAAAUGUGUGGAAAUCAUGCCGCAGCCAAAACAGUCAAGAUCAUCGUAGUGCACUGUGGAGAACAACAGCUAUGUUGGUUUCAACUCCUGGUUUGUGUCGAAAGUUAUUGCAUGUUGUGGCCUGGUCUCAAGUUGGCCUCUUUACUGAUGUUACAAUGACCACUGCUGUGGAAUGCUGGCGGUGGCUGUUAACAUCUAGACCAGAUUUGGAAUUACGUUUUUUACAAGAAAUGUUAGCUGCAUGGCAGUGCACUAUUGACAAGAAACUUGGACUAUUUUCAGUCGAGGAGGAAGAGGUGAGCCCUUUAGCGGCUCAUGAAGGUUCCAAUCUGGGGCCUAAACCACCUUUUGUGAAGCCUCAUAAUAUUUGGGUGCAGUUUCUAUCAGAACUUGUUGAAACAGCAAAAUACAACAGUCAAGAGAAGGUCGAAAUGUUGGCCUCAUUACUGCAUCGAUCCUUGCCAAUGACUGUUGGUAAUCAUGAAAACCACAUAAAUAGGCAUGUAGCAGCUGUGGGAGUUCGUUUCAGAUUACUUCUGUGUGGACUAUCUCUGCUUCAGGGUGACAUUCUUCCCAAAUCACUGAGCAAAAAUGUUCUCAGAGAACGUAUUUACUGCUGCUGCUUAGAUUACUUUUGUUGCUUACCUCGUUGCCCUCAAAAUGGCCCUGAUCUUCGAGAAGAUAUUUUGGUUCUCAUCCGUUUUUGGGAAAAUAUGCGUUCUGAUAAAAAGUAUUGGAAGUCAAGUGUUGUUGGAGACUUGGAUUUGUAUGGACCUCAUCAGUCCUUACGCCAGACUGUAGAAAUGCGAACUUCAAGUGGAGGAUUUGUUGGUGAAUUAGGACCUACACCAUCUCGAGGUUGGAUUAACACUGUUCCCCUCUCAUCAUCCCAGAACACUUUGAGCAAACGAUCCUCAACAGCCAGGUCUAAACGGCCAGUAAACGCAGAUGUAUAUGUUAAAGAAUAUACAAAGAAAAGAAAUCUUAUUCUUGAACUACUGGCUGUGGAAAUUGAAUUCCUUUUAAUCUGGCAUAAUCCAAGCAGUCGCCCUGAACUCCAAAUCCCUGGAGAGGAUAAUAUUGCUGCACGCCGUGCAAAAACAGUGGCUGAUAGGACUUGGAGGGAUAAUGCUCGCCUUGCUUGGGAUAUAAGUCCCGAGCUUGCAGUUUUCUUACCUGUGAGACUGAAAAACACUGAAAGCAUAAUUGAUGAGGUUUCCCGUCAUAUUCGCCUUAAUCCUAUUGUUGUCUCAAAAGUUCCUCAUUCCAUUCAAUACCUUGUCACAUCUGAUAACUUAUUGAAUGACAUACCAGAGCUUGUUUACAUGUUGUCAUGGGCUAGAGUGACCCCUGUGCAAGCUUUAGCAUACUUCUCCAGACAAUAUCCACCUCAUCCUAUUACAGCUCAGUAUGCUGUUAGGGUUCUGAAGAGUUAUCCACCUGAUGCUGUCUUGUUUUACAUUCCUCAACUAGUUCAAGCAGUAAGGCAUGAUACGAUGGGAUAUGUUAUUGAGUUCAUAAAGUAUAUUGCAAAGAAGUCCCAAGUUGUUGGUCAUCAACUUAUCUGGAAUAUGCUCACAAACAUGUACACUGAUGAGGAAAUGCAGUGUAAAGAUCCUAUACUGUUUGAUACAUUGGAAGGAAUCAUUAAUAGCAUUGUUGAAACACUGUCUGGACCCGCAAAACAAUUUUAUGAAAGGGAGUUUGAUUUCUUCUCAAAAAUAACUGAUAUCUCUGGCCAAAUUCGGCCCUAUCCAAAGGGAGCAGAAAGAAAACGUGCAUGCCUUGAAGCCUUAGAAAAAAUAAAAGUCCAAGCUGGUUGCUAUCUUCCCUCUAAUCCUGAAGCAAUGGUUCUUGAUAUUGAUUAUAAAAGUGGCACGCCUAUGCAAAGUGCUGCUAAGGCUCCUUAUCUAGCAAGAUUCAGAGUGCGACGAUGUGGAAUUAAACAAUUGGAGUCCCUUGCCAUGGCUGUAUCUGAGAAAGAGGAUGAAGGUAGCAAAGAAUUGAAUGUUGGGACUGGUGUAGAAAUGUGGCAGGCUGCAAUCUUCAAGGUUGGUGAUGAUGUACGACAGGAUAUGUUGGCUCUACAGGUUAUUGGAAUAUUCAAAAAUGUGUUCCAACAAGUUGGAUUGGAUCUUUAUUUGUUCCCGUAUCGAGUUGUUGCUACUGCCCCGGGCUGUGGCGUAAUUGAAUGUGUGCCAAAUGCCAAAUCUAGGGAUCAGUUAGGCCGCCAAACAGAUUUUGGAAUGUAUGAGUAUUUUAUUAAGAAAUAUGGGGAUGAAAACACAAGCGAAUUUUUGAAUGCUCGUCGCAAUUUUAUCAAGUCAAUGGCAGCUUACAGUGUUAUAGGUUUCUUACUUCAAAUAAAAGAUAGGCACAAUGGAAACAUUAUGCUUGACACAGACGGUCAUAUAAUUCAUAUUGACUUUGGCUUCAUGUUUGAAAGCUCUCCUGGAGGAAAUAUUGGAUUUGAGCCUGACAUAAAGCUAACAGAUGAAAUGGUUAUGGUGAUGGGUGGCAAAAUGGAAGCUGCUCCCUUCAGAUGGUUUAUGGAACUCUGUGUUCAGGCAUACCUUGCAGUCAGGCCAUAUCAAGAAGCAAUAAUAUCUUUAGUCUGCCUCAUGUCAGAGACAGGCCUUCCUUGUUUCCGCGGACAGACUCUGAAGCUUUUAAGGGGUAGAUUUGCUCAUCAAGCAACAGACAAAGAGGCUGCUGCAUACAUGCUCUCUGUCAUCAAAAAUUCAUUCCUUAAUUUUAGAACUCGUACUUAUGAUAUGAUUCAGUACUAUCAAAACCAAAUUCCAUAUUAACUCUGUUCCAGUAGUGUGUGCAUUUGUUAAAAACAUGUCACUUCUUUAGAGCAUGUAAGAGAUUUUCAUGGUCUGUAAUCAUUUUACAAUCACUGUUUCUACAAACAAAAUUGAUUAUUGUUGAUUAUGCUUCCCUAGUGUGUAAUAUUCAACAUAAUGUUGGCAUAUUGUAAAUUGCCAAAGAAUUUAAUAAGCCAUAGCAUUUUACAAAUCAAAGUUAACUCAUUCAAUAGUAUUUUGCUCAUGCAAAUUUAGAAGAUGUAGGUAAUUGUAGGACUGCUUAAGAGCAUUUGUUAUUUUGGUUGUGGUGGGGAAGGAUCAGAAAUAUUUCAUCUGCCCUUUUUAGUUGUACCUGACAUUGUUGUUUUCCCUUUACAUUAUUUGAAAUGAAAAUGUAUUAAAAAAAAUAAAAUGUGAUAAAAAGUUUUAAA